AUGGCCUCCUCAGAGUCAAUUACUAGUCUAUUGAAAACCAUCAGAGCAAGCGCAGAAACCACUGAGGAAUCGAUCAGAAAGAUCACCAAAGAGUUGCAAUCAAAUAAUGAAUUACCAUCUUUUAUCCAGGCAAAUAACAAUAGUAAUAACGCCACAGGAGUCUCGCUAUUGUCACUCAAGAACGAUGCAUUGUUGUCAUAUGUUAACAGUCUUGGAUUGUUGAUGUUGCUGAAAGUUGAGGAAUUGAAGGGGGUUGAUGAUGAUGCCAUCAAUAAAGCUAAAGAAAAGAGUAUUGAGAAUACCGUGGUACAAAGAGUGGUAUUAGAAAGGGGGGUCAAAGGGUUGGAAAACAAAAUCAGUUACCAAUUGGAUAAGAUGGUGAGAGCAUAUAAUAGAGCCAAAGAUGAGGAUAAAAAGGGUGCGAAUUCUGAAAAGCUUAGCAAGGAAGAAAAAGAAAAUAGUAAUGACGAGAAUGAAGAUGAAGACGAUGAAGAUAGUGAUGCUGAUCUUAAUUUCAAACCAAAUGCUAUGGCAUUGGUAAGCAAACUAGAUUCCAAAAACAAAAAGAAGAAUGUCAAAUCAGAUUCAACAGCCGAGGGAGAGAAGUAUCGACCACCAAAGAUCAGUGCUGUGGCCCCACCAGUUGCCAACGCUGAUCAUCGUCAAUCUAAUGAUGGUAAGAAUGAGAACAGAAGACGGAAAUUACAAUCGAUGGAAGAGUAUAUUGCCGAACAUGGCGAUGCUCCAAUGGUUGCCCGGUCAAUUGGUAGUAAUAUUGUCGACCAUGGUCGUGGAGGAAUCAAGACUAAUAGAGAACAGGCUAAGGAAGACGAGAUUGAGCGGUACGAAGAAGAGAAUUUCACAAGAUUACCAAGCACGAUGACUAAGAAGACAGGAAAAGAGAAAAGAAAUGCCAAAGAAAACAACUUCUUUGGAGAAGAUUGGAGUAUAUUUGGUAACAAUAAUGAUAAGGGAUUUUCAGGGAAUUCUCGAAAGAAGAGCAGUGCUUGGGACAGAGCUAAAAAACGGAAGACUCGUUAA